GUCCUGCCCCAGCGUUAUCCAUGCUGCAAAGAAUAGACCGCCUCGGCCAUUUGCUACAGGUUCUGGAGGAGAGGCAGAGCUCAUCAGCAAGAUAUCCUUCAGGCCUGGCCGUGGAGAAAGUCAGAGCAAAAGAACAAGAUCAUUGCAAGGCCAUAUCAUCUGCACUAGAGGAAGCUCAUCACAAAGGGACAUUGAUGGAUCGAGUGGCGAUGCUCGAGGACCGAGUCUUACAGUUGAGCCUAGAGAUUGAAGUCGGAAACAUUUCAAAGUCACGCUAUUCCGCCGUCCCGACAACAACUGAAAAGGUCAAUCAUCGCACUUCAGAAUUGGCCGUGGUUGCCACUGAGAGUGCGGAUUCAAAGGAACACCAACAAGAGAACCCACAUCCUCUCUUGUCACAAGUGAGCUGCAUGCAGAUACCGUAGCAACGUUAGUCCUAUGUCUUCAUCAAUUUGACUUGGCAAUUUUGACAUUGUACUAAGAGACAGCUCGGCAAUAAUGUUGACUAAUUGCAGGAAAAGGACUGUGCAGCUGAAGAAGCAUGCGCUGAAAAGACAAAAACAGCAGGAAGCCAGAAAGGCAAGAGGCGGUCAAUGCUGGGGAGAAGUAAGUGGUUUUGUGUGGUGUUCUAGACCGGGAUGUUGUUUCUCUCUUUCAGCAAACUCUUCUGAAUUCUGAAAGUUGAACAUUCUAUUCAUAUGCCCUAUUCUUCUUUUCCUGGGUAUACUGAAUAAGGACACUUUCAAUAGUGCAGUCCCUUUUGCCUUUUGCUC